GUAUUUCUGUGUAAGUCUUCUCUCACCACUCACAGCUUGUGUGUUGGAAGCCAGGUUGUGUAUAAGAAGGGAGAAAUGGGAUGACACAUUGACUUUUAAUUUUGGAAGCUCUGAGACAGUUCUGAUCUCGUGGCUGCACCCUCUUCCUCCAGCUCUAGCCUCUGUGAACGGCUUCUCCAGGUCAUGAUCCUUGACGAAGGACAAGCCAGUUCCUGCAAUUCUAGAACCAUGGCUCAUAGUGUGGUGAUGUUCCGAGAUGUGACUGUGGACUUUUCUCAGGAAGAGUGGGAGUGCCUGAGUUCCUACGACAGGGAUCUGUACAAAGAUGUGAUGCUGGAGAACUACAGCCACCUAGUGUCACUGGCAGGAUGUUCCAUUUCUAAGCCAGAUGUGAUCAGCCUGUUGGAACAAGGGAAGGAGCCCUGGAUGAUUGUGAGGGCUGAGAAGAGAAGGUGGAGCCAAGAUCUGGAAUCCAGAUAUAGAAGUAAAGUGUUACUUCCAGAAAAGAACACUUACGGAAUUAAUUUACCUCGGUGGGAAAUAAUGGAGAGGAUUAAGAGGCGUGGCCUCGAGGACUCCCUUUUUGGGAAAGAUCUUGAAUAUAAAAUAUUUGAAGAACAAGAGAACUCUCGUAGGGUAUAUUUCAGUCACGUGAAAAAAAACACCCCGGGAAAGAGACCUCCGUCCAGAAAACGCACCUCUGUCGGCCUCUGUCAGAAAAGUGCUAACGGAGAAAAGCCCUACGAGUGCGGGGAGUGUGGGAAGGCGUUCAGAGUGCGCCAGCAGCUCAGCUUCCACCAGAGGAUCCACACCGGCGAGAAGCCCUACGAAUGCAAGGAGUGCGGCAAAGCCUUCCGCCAGUGCGCGCACCUCAGUCGUCAUCAGAGGAUCCACGCCUCCGACAAACUCUACGAGUGUAGGAAGUGCGCCAAGAUCUUCCCGUGCAGCCUGGACCUUCGAGGGCACCAGAGGUCUCACGUGGGCGAGAAGCCCUACGUCUGUAAGGAGUGCGGGAAGGCCUUCCGAGUCCGAGGACAGCUCAGCCUCCACCAGAGGAUCCACACCGGCGAGAAGCCCUACGGGUGCACCGAGUGCGGGAAGAGCUUCCGGCAGGUGGCGCACCUCACUCGGCAUCAGAGGCUCAACGGCGGCGGCUCGCGCCACGAGUGCAAGGAGUGCGGCCAGGCUUUCCUGUGCAGCACGGGCCUCCGGCUGCAUCACAAGCUGCACACCGGGGAGAAACCGUACGACUGCAAGGAGUGUGGGAAGGCGUUUCGGGUGCGGCAGCAGCUCACCCUGCACGAGAGGAUCCACACCGGCGAGAAGCCCUUCGACUGCAAGGAGUGCGGCAAGAGCUUCAGCCGUGGCUACCACCUCACCCUUCACCAGCGCAUCCACACCGGGGAGAAGCCUUACGAGUGUCGGGAGUGCCGCAAGUUCUUCCGCCGGUACUCGGAGCUCAUUUCCCACCAAGGCAUCCACGUUGGGGAGAAACCCUAUGACUGCAAGGAGUGCGGGAAGGCUUUCAGGCUCUUCUCCCAGCUGACUCAGCACCAGAGCAUCCAUUUUGGGGAGAAACCCUAUAAAUGUAUGCAAUGUGAGAAGACUUUCAGACUCCUCUCACAGCUCACGCAGCACCAGAGCAUCCACACGGGCGAGAAGCCCUACGACUGUAAGGAGUGCGGGAAGGCCUUUCGGCUCCACUCGUCCCUUAUUCAGCACCAGAGAAUCCACUCUGGUGAGAAACCGUACAAGUGCACCGAGUGUAAGAAGUCCUUCCGUCAACACUCACACCUCACCUACCAUCAGCGAAUUCAUAAGAAUUCUUAAGGAUCCUUCCACGAACCCUUGCACUGCAAAUUAAGGAGCGUUAGAAAAUUAGAAAAUCAAAGAAGAAAAAAAGGUUUUAGUCCUUUUUUGCUCUGUGUUCACGAGUAACAGCAUAAGAGGUUUCAGUCGAAGGAAAAAAUGUUAAACUUUUGGAAAUCCUUUCGUAAACGUAUAAAAAAUAUUCUGUACUGUAUGCCUACCCUUAGGGUAUAGUCAGGGUAACAACUCAUUUUGAAAAUUAAUAAAUAAAAAGAAGUGUCGUUUAGCGUGCAUUACCUGCAUAAACUCUCAGAGCUACUGAAAGUGGUUGAGGUACAGUUCUUUUUUUUUUUUAAGAUUUAUUUAUUAUAUAUAAGUACACUGUCAGCAGUCAGUGCUCUUAACCACUGAGCCAUCUCGCCAGCCUGAGGUACAGUUUUCGAUUAGAGAGUUUCAUCAGAAUCACGCAGAGUGAUAUGGAAUUAGGAGGUUGUAUCAGGAACCCACAUUUUGUAACUCACAAUAGAGCAGCGAUUCUCAACCUGUGGGUGGUGACCCCUUUGAGGUUAGACCCACUCUUUCACAGAAGUCACCUAAGACCAUCGAAACACAGAUUUGUAUUAUGAUUCAUAACAGUAGCAAAAUUACCAUUAUGAAGUAGCAACAAGUAAUUUUAUGGUGGGGGUCACCACAACAGGAGGAACUGUGUUAAAGGGACUCGGCAUUAGGGAGGUUGAGAAGCACGGCUUUAGAAUUUAGCCAUUGGGCAAUAGACUAGCUUGUACUUGCUAGUAAAUCGGUCCGCCUGGCAGCAUCUGAGCGCACUGAUCCAUCUCGCCACCAAUGUAGCACAGGAAAGCAUUCGGUGCCUUGCACUGAGACAGUGUGACAUUAACACCUAACUAGACACACCCAACCUCUAAACCAAUGAGACAACCGCCAACAAUUUAAAAAAAAAA